AUGGCCUAUGAGACAGAGGAUCAGGAGACUCAAUACUGCUUUCCUGACAUCAACUCAUCAUGUGUCAAGGAAAAAAUCUCCAAACAUCAAAACAAUAUCAUGUAUGUGUUUUUUUCAUUGCUAUCAGCAUGGACUGUGUUUCUGAACCUGCUGGUGAUCAUCUCCAUCUCUCACUUCAAGAAGCUUCACACUCCAACCAACAUGAUUAUUCUCUCUCUGGCUGUUGCUGACCUGCUUGUCGGACUUAUUGUGAUGCCUGUGGAGGCCAUCAGACUGAUUGAGACGUGUUGGUAUUUUGGACACACUUUCUGUGGACUGUUUAUGAUAAUCAUGGGACUGCUGGGCUCAACAUCUCUCAGUAAUUUAGUUCUAAUUGCUGUUGAUCGUUAUGUGGCUGUGUGUCACCCUUUACUGUACCCACAGAAAAUAACCACAACUAAAACUUUAAUGACUAUCUGUCUGUGCUGGUUUUGCGCUUCAGCUUAUAACACUGCUCUUUCAGGCAGUAAUGGACAUUUUGACACUUUAAAUGAAACAGCUGUGUGUUAUGGAGAGUGUUCUGUCAUAAUAAGUUUUACAUGGAAAGUCGUUGAUCUGUUCGUAUCCUUGUUGUUUCCUUGUACUCUGAUCAUCACUUUAUAUUUGAGGAUUUUCUGUGUUGUGCAUCAGCAAGUGAAGGUUAUAAACUCUCUGAUGAAGGGUAGUAAAUCUGAGAGCAAAGCUGCUUUAACAUUAGGUAUAAUUGUAGCAGUUCAUGUUCUCUGUUGGUUACCUCUCUAUAUUAUUGCUCUGGCAGGGAAUACAACAAUGGCCUAUAGAAUAGUGAAUAUUUUAACAUGGGUUUUCUAUAUGAACUCAGGUCUGAAUCCUCUAAUCCAUGCUUUAUUUUACCCUUGGUUUAGAAGAUCAGUAAGACACAUGCUUUCACUCAAGAUAUUUCAGCCAGCAUCUUCUCUGGUGGACAUUUUUACAAAUGAUAAUUUAUGA